GUGUUCCUUAUAUACUUCUAUUCAAUCAAGAUUUGUCUGCUAUAGUUUCUAAUAUAACCCCAUUAUAACCACACUAUUCUGUGUUAUAAUCCUAUAGUUUCUCACCUCGAUUUGAAACUGAGGCACAGUUAGAUUCAUUUGGAAGAAGUUGAAGUUUAUUUGGAAUUCGUAUGUGAAAUCGUUUCAUAAAAGCGAGAUGAGCUGUACCUCAGAAAGAUAUUUGUUAUUCUUAGCAGAUGAUUUACCAAAAGAUGCCAAAUGCUACCUCAUAGACUGCAUUAAAAAUCAUAGGCUUGUCGUGGAAGAGGAGCAAUGUCCAGAUCAUUCUGUGCUUGUAGUUGGCGCUUCGUUCGGCCUGCUUGCGGAGGAGGCAGAAAGUAUUGAGUUAGAAAAGCAGCUUAAAGAGAGCAAAAGGUAUCAAGAGUUUUAUGUUGAUGGUUUGAAUGAUUUCCAAGGAAGCUAUGACGAGCAAACAUUUUUUACACCUGCUGAGCAAGCAUUGCUUUUACAUAAUGUUUUGAGCAAAGUUGCAUUUCAAAGGGAAACAUUCCUAAAAUGUGGAAUAAAGAAAUUCAAGCCUCAGGAAAGCAUAAUCAGUGGCUGUUUGCACUCAAAGCCAGCAAUCCUAGAAGCAGUGUCCCCAAUGCAUUCUGCCAAUCAGCGUGCCAAACUCUGGAGAGCUGCCCAAAGGAAUCCCUUUGUUUUUCCACUUGAUGAUAUCCAAGUUUACUAUGGUGAAGAAGUGGCCUACUAUUUUGCUUGGAUGAAUUUCUUCACCUGGUCAUUGGUACCGGUUGCUUUGUUUGGGGCCUUUCUUUUCUUCCACCGCCCUCGUGGUAUCACUGUUGAUGACAGCCCCUACUUACCAGCCUAUGCUUUGUUGAUGGCGUUGUGGACAAUCUUCUUUUGCAAAAGUUGGAGGAGGCAGGAAAGCGAGCUGGCUUUACGGUGGAACUCGACACAGGUUGAAAGAAAGGAGAUUGUGCGUCCGGAGUUCUACGGAGAGAUUCGACAAAGUCCGGUUACUGGCAAGCCGGAACGCUACUACCCUUGGAAAAGAGUGCUUAUGUACCUUCUAAGCUUUGUGAUCACGCUUCCAUUUCUUGGGAUGGCCGUGGGUGCAAUGAUAUUGUCACUAAAUUUCAACGGAUAUGUCAAAGACAAGCACAGCCCAAUUUAUCUUGCAGCUCUAGCGAAAUACUCUGAACCCGGACAAUUAUUUGCCGCGGACAGUCCGUAUUAUGGGAUGGUACCCACCCUUUCGCAUUCUGUAGUUAUAAACAUACUGAAUCGAUUGUACAGAUUCAUCGCAACUUUUUGCACGGAUUUAGAAAAUCACAGAACCGAGAACCGUUGGAACAGUUCACUGAUAAUCAAGAGAGUGCUGUUUGAACUCUUUGACUGUUACUUGCCUCUUUUCUACAUCGCCUUUUAUCAACUGGAUAUCAUUUCGCUCAGAAGGGAGUUAGUCGGUCUAUUCUGGGGUGACGAAAUUCGUCGUUUGGUAACGGAGACUGUGAUCCCCUUUGUGACAGAAAAGGCAAAACAUUACAGAAUUAAGGACCAUGUCAACGAAAUCAAAGCAAAAACAGGAGAACGGCCAACCAGCUUGCAGGUUGUGGAAGACACGGUUCUAGAGGAGUACGAGCAGUUUGAUGACUAUCUUGAAAUGGUUGUACAGUUUGGCUAUGUCACUCUAUUCGCCUCCGCAUUUCCGCUCUGCUCCGUUAUCACCAUCGGGUUUUUAUUCAUCGAGGCAAGAUCUGAUAUGUUCAAGCUUAUGUUCCUGUGCCGGAAACCAAUUGUACGAAGAGCCAACAGCAUAGGGGUCUGGUUCAAAGUUCUCACUAUAAUGAUGGUUUUGUCCAUGGCAACGAAUUGCUUUCUGAUUGGUUUUUCAAGUGAACAGCUGGCCACGUGGGUUCCAGAUAUGUAUUAUCUUGAUGACACGGGGGAUCAAUGGAUAAAGCCUGGAUAUGGAAGAUACGUCGUUGGAAUCGUUUUUGGUGCGGAGCAUUUUCUUAUUCUAUGUGUUGUGCUGGCGCAUUAUCUCAUUUCGGAUGUUCCAUCGCAUGUUCAAACAGAGCUGGAGAAAAAAGAAUACGAGAAGAAAAUUAUAUUGGAGCGAAUACAACACGCAAAGGCUGGUCUAGGCAAAGCAGUAGAUCCUGUAGGAUAGAACAGCAUUGACGAAACUUUAAAUGUACACCACUUUUCCAAUUGAAUAAAAUCAUCUUUGUAGGUCAAUUUGCAUUUAUACGUUCCGUAACCAUUCCUUACUGACUUAACUUUUUUACAGCCGUUUUCAUUUUGCCUGCAUGUUAUCAGUACGUCUCCUCAUUUGAUAAAUGUCCUUAUUAAAAGAUCCUCUGAAAAAUUUAGAAUUGAAUGGGAUUCGUGAAAGGUGACCAGGAAGCGGUAUCUCAAAUCUAUCUCACUUGAGGCUUACCGGAACAGCAGUGAAACCUAGUAUGCCUAAUGUUAUUACGGUUGCUUGUCGCAUAUGAUGAAAGCACGUUCGGGUCUUCUCGACCAAACUAAUAUUUCAAACGUUUUCUGUUGAUCAGCUACGGUCUAGAAACUUGUCAAAACUGCAACCACUUCCUCGUCCUCGAGUAAGCCCCUGCCUUCGAAUAAACCCCCACCCUAUUGUAUUUGCUUGUAAAAUAAGCCCCACCCUCGAACAAGCCCCCAUGGGUUGAGAUAUUGCCUCGUAAGCAAUAAGUAUACCCCCAAUAUAUCUGCAUUUUUAAGCAUUCUCCAUCAAAUAGAACAAGUAAAUAAGCCCUCACCUUUGAAUACCCCCCCCCCCCCUCCACCUUCGAAUAAGUCUCUAGCCUUGCGAAAUAAGCCUGCCGGGGCUUAUUCGAGGACUUUGAGGACGGUAUUUGUUAUUGCUGCUUAGAGAUAUAGGACCUAAUCCUCUUCUUUGAACUUUAAUGGACGGCUUGGUAUUACUGCUUGGUAUGGCGAAAAAGCAGCUUCUUUUUUCAUGUGUCCAUGGAGCUCGAUAUGUUUGGGUGGAGACCUUGCUACACUAUGCGUAAGAAAUGUAUACUGUUUAUGUAAAACAUGUCUCAAAAUUGAUAUAAAGAGCCCGAGAACGUUAGACAAUGCUAAUCUAACAUUUAGGAAAGAAAUCGUAGCGAUUGGUAUGGAUUAAUUUGAUUAGUAUAUGCUUUUGGGUUUCUUUACCGAUAAGUCUUAGGUCAACCAAGCAAUUAUAUUUAUUGAUGUUCGAUUAUAUUUAACAAAUCUUUUAAUUCUGAUUUUCGAUGUUUUGGGGAAUAAUAUAUUUCGGUUAUUUGGAAUUUAAUGGUAUGUGGAUUUUCAUAAUUUGUUGAAUUCCGUGGUAUUUGAUAGGGAUUUGAUAUAAGAUGGAAUGUAUUUUUUCCGGUUAUAAGUGAGUUUAGUAGAUAUUUAUCGAUUUUAUACCUAGAAAAGUCCUCACGAUUAUGUGUCUAGUAAAGCACAAUUUUAUACUACUACUCCGAGUUUCACUUUAAGGCAGCUACAAUUCUUCUGCAUUGGAUCCAAGGAAGCCACAACUUGGAUAAUCUAGACUCCAAUAGCUGUAAAGGACAAAACCUAUCGAGGGCGAUCCGACCUCUUCUCGCUUAAUAAACCGAGAACAAUCUUUGUGUUUAGCAUCAAUUAUAUUACUCGAAAAUUUUCAUAUCAACUAACGAGCAUUGGUUAAUUGUUCUUGUAAUUCAUGGUAUUUCUGAAAAAAAUGCGACAUAUUUGUGCUACUUUUUGACGUUCCUCUGGCCCCCUAUGCAGUUCUUGCGAAUACUUCACACCAGGUACAAAACAAGCUUCUAUGUAAGAUCGAAAUAAGCACAUGACAUUGUUUGCGCCAGGAUAGCGGCUAGGACCUGUGUGUACCACUACAUCGUAUGUAUCAAACAGUCAAGUGAAGUAUUUUUUUACCUCAGAUAUGGCAACGGCCUAAUGACAGUAGCGAGGCGACGAAUAACUGGGCAGCUCCACUGGGGAAGUAGUUACACAGCUUACUAUUACACCUUGUGUUUGUAACGAUGUUACGAUGAAUGUUUACGAGUCAGUAUAGUUUUCAUAUCCU